UUAUGGUCAAUGCAGCUGGCGUGAGCUCAGAAAUGUCACUGAGGCCACAAAAAUCUUGUAUUAGAGAAAACACGGUUUGUGAUUGGAGCAAGGAAAUUCUCUAACGGAAGUUCACGCAUCGUGAAGGGCUUUUAUGUUGCUCUUGUGGAGUCUAAAAGUGAAACUGUAAAAGCUUCACCUGCCGACAACUGUUAACUUACUGUGCACAUGUUGUACAUUGAAACGUGAAUAAAUCAAACAACUGGAAGACAAUAAACUACAGGUUGCUCUUUACAAUUUGAAUCAGGCUCUUGUGGUCAGGUGCUUAAAUUUAACAGUCAAAACAAAUUGUAUGCGAUGGCAUUUUUUAGGAUAGAAAGCUGAUGGUUAUUGAAUAAUUUAUUGAAAGAAGGUUAAUGAAUGUUGAAUGUUGCAACAUAGCAACUCCGAAAAAAAGAAGAUAUUUACCAUGUAUAGUAUCAGAAUGCGAAAUUCGAGGAAACGCCUCGCGUUCUACAUCGUUUCACUCUUGGUUGUAUUCUGUGUUUACCGCUUCAUGAAAGAUCUUAUUGAAGAUGCCGUCUUUAAUAAUUAUUGCGCUCAGCCAAUUAAAGUACAAGAAGACUCCAGCAAUUUGUUAGGCUAUGCAAAGUGCAAUAUUCCAAAAAUAGAUCCAUUUCAUCCACACGCAAUGGAUCUAGUUAAAGAACUCAAGGAACCACUAAAGUGUGCAACAAAACAACGAGCUGUGUUGGAUGGAGGACUUCAAAAGAUGAAAAAUUUUCAUCAUCAUCAUCCCGAUACAGAGAUGGAUUUAAACAUCCUCAUUAUUGGUAUUGACUCAACAUCCAACGGUCAUGCGCAAAGACAGCUGCCAAAAUCAUACAAAUUUAUACGCGACGUUCUACAUGGUUAUAUUUUCAUGGGUCAUAGCGUGGUAGGUGAUGGUACGACAGAGCAGGUGGCAGCAUUUUUAACUGGGAAGGGUGAACAAGAAUACUACGAGUCACGACGAGGAGAAGCGAAUGCCAAAACAGUUGAUGACUGGAAUUUUAUUUUUAAAAGGGCAAAAUCACACAACUUCACAACAUUUUGUGAAGAUUCACCAAGCGUUGGAACUUUCAACUAUAGAUUGAUGGGUUUUGAAGAUCCACCCACUGAUUAUUAUCCACGGUCGUUUUUUAUCGCGGCGGAAGGCUACUCAAAGAACUCUCCUCAUUGUCAUGGCAGUGAAAAAAUUUACAACUAUCAUCUUAAUUUGGCGAGAAAGAUAUACCAAGCCUACCCUCGGCGCAGGAAGUUUCUUUUACAUCUAAUGGGAGAAAUAUCACACAACGACUUCAAUGCCGUACAGUACGUGGACGAAGAUUUAUACACAUUCCUGAAAGAAUUUCGUGAACUUGGAUAUUUAAAUGAUACUUUGUUGAUCAUACUGGGAGAUCACGGUUGGAGAUAUGGAACGUUCAGAGAGACAAUUCAAGGAAAGUUAGAAGAAAGGCUUCCUCUCUUCACAAUGACAUUUCCUACUUGGUUUGAGAAAAAAUACCCUAAAUUGGCAAAAAAUUUGGAAGCUAAUACCAAGCGAUUGACAAGUUGGUUUGACUUACAUGCAACGUUCAAUCACAUUUUGGAGUAUCCAAAUGAACCGAAAGAAUCAGGGCAUGGGAUGAGCCUACUAAAUGAAGUACCCCUAGAUCGUUCUUGCGAGGAUGCAAGCAUCCCAUCACACUGGUGUCCAUGUUUGCACUGGUCAGUUGUUGAUCAUGAGCACAAUCAUUUGCAAAGAGCUGCGUUAGAAGCUAUCAGUCAUAUCAAUGAAUUGAAUUUUAAAGAGGAAUUAGGCGCAGAAAAAUGCUCUAAACUUACUCUUUUUAAAAUGAACAGAGCCGAAAUAGAGACUCCCAACGCUAACGUUCUUAGGUUUAAGCAAUCAGGUAAAGAUGGUUAUGAGCCCAUAUACUCAAGCGUUUUUAAUGCAAAGGAUCAUUGUAGAUAUCAAAUCAGCUUUGUUACACUCCCAAAUCACGGAAUGUUUGAGGCGAGUGUGCUGUAUUUAAAUGGAAAAUUUUUAGUUCAAGAAGGUGUUAGCAGAAUAAACAAAUACGGUGAUCAACCGAAAUGUAUUGCUGACUCACUACCACACUUACGAAAAUAUUGCCAUUGUAAAAGGUAAAAUUCGAGAAGCUUUUAUUCCUAAAGAGACAAAAUACAUGCAAAAAUUUUGUAAACAAGUUAAUUGAUAAGUCAAUCCUACUCAGUAGUUAGUAAAACGUAAUUACUCAGAUGUAUUAAAUAACAAGUGUACUGUUGGUCAUGGCACGAAAUACAAUACUGAAACCCAAUUAAAAUAAGCAAUAAAUAGUUAUGUAGCUCCUA